CAAAUUAAUGAACCAAAUCCGUGGAAGAUCCCCCUGAGAAGAGAUAACACUACCCACCACCUUCUAUAGCUAUAUAGGUGUGACUGAACUCUAUCUCUCUCGUACAUAUAUCCACGAAUUGUGAAUACCCUGCAACAACUCGACUAAAACUAACAUAAUAAACAAACACAAAAUCGUCUCCACUAUAUUCCAAAAAAAUGUCUAAAUUUAAAUAUAUUCAAUCUUGAUAAUUUAAAUAAAAUACAAAAAAUGGAUCCGUGUUCUGAAUCAGAAAUGAGUGAUUUUCUGCGUUCUUUGAAAAAAGAACCGGAAAGAAGAUCACAUCAUGAUGUUCAAACUUUAUAUUUUACUCUCAGAUCUUUCACAUGUCUGGAUAGAUUUGAUGACAAUUUCAUAUAUUCGAUAUGUUCGAAAAAUUGUUAUUAUUUAAGAAAGCAAGCGAAUGACAUUUUAUAUUGUCGUGGGGAAAUUGCACAUGCGUGGUUUAUUUUAAUCAGUGGAUCUGUCUUUAUCGAUGGAUCAAUGUUUCUACCAAUUACGAGUUUCGGACGCCGCCCACAACAUCAAUCCACUCACAAUCAUUUAACUCGUCGACCAAAUGAAUGCUUAAUUCUUGAACCUUCGGAAAUGAUUUGUAUAGAUUAUUUUGAUAAUCAAUUACAAUCUGAACAUAUUCCGUUAUCAAAUCGGAAUUCUAUCCAUUCUUCUGAUGAUACUUCUUCCGCUUAUUCAGGAUCUGAUACAAUGUUGAGCUCCUCCAAUUCCAAUUCACAUCAAAACCACCGUUCUGCCACGAAUUCCACAUGUAUCGAUUUAUCAGGAUUAUUAGAAUCAGUUGUGGAUGAUGAUGACACGGAUUCGAAUUGUUCAGAAACGGAUUCAGACUCGGAAUCAUUUGCAUAUUCAGAUUUAUCCAAUUUAGAAACGUCUUCAAUUCGUGACUCUGUUCGAGAUUGUUUAGAAAAGGAUCCCAGUGAGCGGAAUGAUUCGGAUAUUGCAGUUUUACUGGAGUUUACCCAACAUCUCGCCGCCUUUAAUGAUUUAACGUUAACUGUGAGGAAAGCACUAUGUGCUGCAAUGGUAUUUGCCGUCGUGGAGAAAGCAGGGACGAUCGUGCUCAGUCAUGGAGAAGAAUUAGACUCUUGGAGUGUUUUAGUUAAUGGAAGCGUGGAAAUUAUCAUUUCUAAUCAAUCAGAAGAUCAGGAACAAAUUACCGUGCUCAGCGCGGGCGAUAGUUUCGGAUUACCACCAACUUUAGAUAAGCAAUACUUUGUUGGAUUAAUGAGGACGAGGGUCGAUGACUGCCAAUUCGUUUGUGUUACUCAAGGAGAUUACUUUAGGAUCUUGAAACAGGGCCUUGAUAACCAACAAAUAAUCCGUGAUUCAGACGGGAAACCAAUUUUAGUAUAUGAAUCUCGAGUAAAUAAUACACCGCAACAAAAUCCACAUCAUCAAAUAUCUCAUCACACUCCGUAUUUCUCGCCAUUUAUCGUAAUUCGAGGAACAAAGUCAGCAUUAAUUAAUGAAUUAUUUAAACAAGAAAAUGGAUCCGUGGAUCCAACUUUUGUGGAAGAUUUUCUACUAACCCAACGAAUUUUUAUGGAUCUUCAUGAACUGGCAGAGAAAAUUAUCUUAAAUUUUAGUGAUAUUGGAAUUAGGGAUCGCGUUACGAGAGUUAUGUUACUUUGGGUCAAUAAUCAUUUCAUCGAUUUCGAAGUGGAUCUCAAUCUCAUGAAAUUGUUACAAAGAUUCCACACCCUUCUGGAACAAUCCAAGGAGACAAUGUCGGGUCAAUUAAGACUUUUACAAAUCGCUUGUAGUGCCAAAUCUCGACCACGAACAGUGACGAUAUCUCGUCCAUCAAGGGACGACCCACUUCCGUUUAACAUAAUGGGAGGAGCUGACAAUGGAUACGGAAUUUUUGUGUCAAACAUUGAAGAUUGCAACAACAGCAGCGUCCGGGUUGGAGAUGAACUGUUAUCCGUUAACAACAUCAAUUUCAGAUGUAUCAAUUUAUCAAAAGCUUUCGAUGUCCUCAAAGGAGCUACGCAUCUCGUCAUCGUUCUCAAGUGCAAUUUUUUAGGCUACCACGAAUGCAUAAACUCAUCUGCCCCACUCAUCCCACCAGUAUGCACUCCGAAACAGCAAUUAACAAAACCACGUGUUCCACAUAAAUCAUUGAACAAACACAAUCGAUUCAAGAAAGCACUUCAAAAAAUUAAUUUAUUGCCAAAGAAAACUAUCGAAACAGUGGCGAGAGCUCCUGCUGCUGCAGAAGAGGAGGAAAUGCAGCCAAGGAUCGAUUUCCCUGAAAAUGUUUUGAGGAUUUACAGACCGGAUCAAAGUAACAAAUACUUGUUAGUAAACAAAGAGACGACCUCUCGUGAAGUAGUAAUGUUGGCGUUGCAAGAAUUUCAAGAGAGCAACACUUCAUCCCGUGAUUAUGCACUAUUUCAAGUUUCAGUCAACUCUGUGAAUUCGACGCUAAUGUUAAAACAGACGAGAUUACCGGAUAAUUUGGACUCUUUAGCAGAGAGAUUACAAUUGGGAUCGAGAUACUAUAUUAAAAAAGUGGAAUCUACGGAACCACUCGUGCCAAAUGAAUUACUCGCCGAGAUAUUUAAAGAAUCCGAAGUUGGUUUACUCAAUCUGAACCCUACAGAAUUGGCUCUGCAAUUAACUUUGGAGGACUACGCCUGCUUCCGUCAAAUCGAAAUGACGGAAUUUAUUGACGAUUUAUUCGACUUGAAUUCAAAUUAUGGAACACCGAAUUUAUCCCAAUUUGCACAAUUAGUAAAUCGAGAAACGUUUUGGGUCGUUACAGAAAUUGUGAAGGAAACUUCGAUAACGAAACGUGUUUUAAUUAUAAAACGAUUUGUUAAAGUUGCAAUGCAAUGUCGAGAAUGUCGAAAUUUCAACUCCAUGUUUGCCAUCGUUAGUGGUUUGGGACAUUCCGCUAUCACCAGAUUAAAAUCCACUUGGGACAAAAUGAGUGGGAAAUAUCUGAGAUUAUUUAAGGACCUCCAAGAUUUGAUGGACCCAUCACGAAAUAUGGGAAAGUAUCGAAACUUGCUCUCUUCGUCAUUUCAAACGCCAAUGAUCCCAUUUUAUCCCGUCGUAAAGAAAGAUUUGACAUUUAUCGAUUUAGGAAAUUCUUCAUACAUUGAUGAUAUGAUCAAUUUCGAGAAGAUGAGAAUGGUUUCAAAGGAAAUUCGUUCCCUGAUUCAAAUGUCAGCUGCACCCUUCGACACUUCUGGAUUAGCAAGUAUGGCCGCUAUGAAUCAAUUAGCAAAUAAUACUUCGGGCAGAUCAACACUCACUACGACGACCGGGAAGAAAUUGACUUUUGGAACGGUAAAAAAGAGGAAGCAAACCAAUCAAUCCAAUCAUCCCACCUCCGCCACCCACCAUCAUCAUCAUUCUACUUCGAGUCAACCCAAUCCAAAAAAGAUGCAUGAAGAAAUGAAUAUGAUUCGAAAAGUGAAAGCAUAUUUGCAUCGUUUAAAAAUAUUGGAGGAUGAAAAUGCACUUCAUGAAAUGUCACUAGUUUGCGAGAUUGGAAAUAGUGGUGGAGGCGGAAGUGUGACAAAAACAACGCUGAAAAAACCAUCGUCGCCAACUUUAUCAACAACCAGUUCUACUGCGAGUGAGAGUAGAAUUGCUAAAUUUGGAUCAAAUUCACCACAUUCGUAUCAAAAAUUAUUAGCAUUAAGUGAACCUAGUUUAAAUAAAAACAAUAAAAAAAUCCCACCCGUUCCUGUCUUUUCCAAUAAUAAGGAAUGUACGGGUUCCAUGAGUUCCAUCGUGUCGGGUGGUUCAGCUAAAAGCAUUCCAACGUGUCAACAAAAAACUCUAACAAUUCCACUUUCAACGGAGUCUAGUUCUGUGCUACCAGGAAAAAACACUAAUUAAUUUUAGACUAAAAAAAUUGACCAAGUUUUUUUUGUACAUUGCAAAAAUGUAAUUUUUUUGUACUCAUUUUUUUAUAUCUUGUAUAACAGACAAUUUAUUAUUAGUAUUAUUAAUAAAUAAAAAAUAAGCCUGCGGGCUGCAAAAUUUAUACCUCA